UGAUGCCAGCUGUAAUUUGUGUCAUGUCAUGUUGGUGAAGCACCCAAAAUAAGGAAAGCCACGGAAAUACGCAAUUAAAGCAGCUCAGUAAAGUAAGCUGAGGGCCGUUUCUUGAAAAUGGUGUACAUUUCAAGAAACGGCGCAGUGCAGGAAGCCCAACCAUGGGGCGUCGAUCGCAUAAAGGGCCUCAUCAUGGGGUUCUUUAACUUCCUGGUAAUGUUCUUCCGCACGAUGCUGGAUUUCCAGGGCGGCGGUGGUUCGGGCGGCCGUGAUACGACCCGUGGCUACGGGGGCAGUGGCGGUGGUGGCGGAGGUGGUCCGCCCGGUGGUGGGCCGCGCCGGAGGCCAAUCGGACGCCCGAUGACCCUGUCCGACUGCACCAUUCCCGGUGGCGGAUGAGCGCGGUAAAGUGCCAACACGCUGGAACCCGGGCCCACACACACUGUGGGCCGGGGCUGGUAGGCGCGUUUGGCACCGUUGCCUCUCUCCGAACUGAACCUGUGAACCCGGGGCCCGUAGGGACACUCCUACGUAUGACGGGCGCAUCCUAAACCUUCGCUACCCAAACAGGCGGAUGCGUCCCGAAGAGUGGGCCGCGGGGCAGGUUCGCGAACCUUCCUCUCCCGCCGCUCUGGGUGGGUGGAGGGCUAUAGCUAUGUUUAACCUUUCACUGCGUGUGCGCACGUGCAAUUGUCUGCUCGCAACAACUCGUCUUAGCAAUUGUUUAAUCGUCUUACUAUGUUUUUCCUUCCGAUUGGGCUGCACAUUUAUAGUGAAAUCUUUUUCUUUCUUGGUACGCGUUGCCAAUUUUGUACUGUGGUAGAAGAACGAUCAACUGUUAUUAAAUUAAUCUUUGUGUAACAUAAAGCGUGGUGGUAA